AUGAACAAUCUCGAGUCCCUCAAGAAGUUUUUCUUCUCCGCCAAUCAGACGAAUCGCGACGUAGAACUUUUGCCCACGACAGCACCUACGGCUACGACUACAGCGCUAGGAGGUUCAAGUCUCCCAGAUGUUGGUGAAGGAACGAGUUCAGCGUCAACAUCCACACCAUUCUGUUCCCUAUGGUCUGGGGCGAGGAAGUGUCAAGCAAAGGGCAAGGAGCCUUUGCUUCCUACAACUUCGUCCACUCCAACGGUCUAUCAUGCAUCCGCUAUGGCGAGCUCUCUCCUCGAUUCCCUCACUGGUCAUGUCGCUGCGCUCUCCACUCUUGCCGCCAACGAACUCACCGCGAUGGACGGAGGACCGAGCAUCAGGGGCGGAACAGGAAGAUGUUGCGGACAAAAGAGUGGGAACGCGGCAGUGAGAGCUGGACGGCAUCGCGAACUCGUUUCGUUGCCUGCCGAGGCUGAGGAGGGCGGCAGUGGAUCGAAUAUGAGAGUAUCGAAUGGUGAACCGGGUCAUGUCGAACAACCGUAUUGGGGUCUGUUGCCUCCCGGUGUCAAACGCGUUAAAGAAGCUCAGGCGCAUAUUGGCCGGCGUGCAGCAACUAACUUCGUCGACAUCAUCUAUGGAGAAAUCAGCGCCUUCGGCAUGGGCGGGUGGGACGUUGUUAGCUCCACUAUGGUAUGGGGCUGGAGGGUGUUCCCGUGGAUUGGUGGAGUGUUCUCGCGCCUAUACCAGCGAGGAUUCGACCUUCGUCUCUUGUCCUCGGCUGUUACAGGCUCCAUUAUCAUGGUAGUCGUUCUGGUCGUUUGCAUCGCCAUCGAGAUCGUCCACCGUGGUGCAUCCUUCUUGUGGUUCUACAGGGUUAUGGUGGUGGCCGUAGUCGUCUUCGUGGUCAUCAUGGCGAAGGUCGCGGACGUGGCCGUUUCGAAACUUCUUAUAGGUGUCUUGAAGGUGGUACCGGAGUUUUUGAAGUGGGGAGGAGUUCUGUGAGAAUGUCUUGUUAGCCUAGCCUAUGCAUAUUCCCUUUCAU